AUGUCACACAAUAGGGAUAAGGCCAGUGAUUUGGCUGAGCAAUUUAAAAGAGAGGGUCAUUUCGACAGAUUGAAAGAACAAAUUCUUUCGAGGAGUUUGGCAGAGCAGAAUGGUGAAACCGUGGUUCAAACAAUAAGAUCUGAAGUUUCAGCAAUUGUGAGGAAUAUGGUCUUAGAAGACGACAACUUACUAUUCAAAAAUAGGGGGUCUACCAGUGCUUUAAUAGAAUCCCAGUUAUUGAAGGAUGGCUACCAGAAACUGACCGAGAACGGUAAAGGUAUUAAGGUUGACGAGUACGUGAGUACAUCUUUGAGUGAUCCCGAACUACUCGAACAAGUUAAAGGUAAUUUAAUGACUAUUUUACAGAGUAAUGAGAAGGAAUGA